AUGACCGGAAACAUCCCAACCCCAGAGGCCUUGCCCCUGCGCCCUCCAUAUGAUCCCGCCCUGCAACCAAUACUAAAUAUCCUCGACCCCAAAAUUUUUGAAAGUCUCGAAAGCCUCCGCAAGGUGUCCAGCGCCUAUUCAGCGGAAACAAUUCUUACACUAUGCCCCGACCUGAAACACGAGGAACACACUGCCGCCGGUACCGACGGUGCAGUCCCGCUCGCGGUCUUCACGCGAAAGUCCUCGUCGAACAAGUCCCGACCAGCGGUGUACGUCGUGCACGGCGGAGGGCAAAUUUCCGGAAAUCGAUUCAGCGCGUUGGAUAACACCAUUCAUUUCUUUGAGGGCAUUGACAUUGUCACAAUUAGUGUUGAAUACCGCUUGGCUCCUGAGUUCCCAGCCCCUGCUGCUCUCAAUGACAGCUACGCGGGGUUCGUCUGGGUAGUAAACCACGCCAAGGAACUUGGUAUUGACCCUGCGAAAAUCAUUAUUCUGGGAGUUUCAGGUGGCGCUCCUAUUGCGGCGGGAUGUGCCAUGCUGGUAACAAGGAACCAGGAUACGAAACUCCUAGGUCAGAUGCUUCUCACCCCGAUGCUGGAUGACCGGCCCCACCAUGCAUCAGCAAAGCAAUUUGCGAAUACCGGGCCAUGGUGCGGAAAGGUCAAUCAGAUGGCCUGGGACUUUGUGCUCGGGAAAGAUCGAACGGAGGAUCAGGAAGUCAGUGAGCUUGUUGUGCCUGCGCGUGCGACGGACCUGACAGGGUUGCCGCCUACGUUCCUGGACGUUGGGGAAGCUGAGGUCUUCCGUGAUGAGGCGGUUGCCUAUGCGUCUGCUUUGUGGAGGUUCGGUGUUUCGGCUGAACUUCAUGUGUGGAAGGGUGGGUUCCAUGUGUUUGAUAUGGACGUUCCCGGGAACAAGAUGGCUGCGGUGGCCAUUGCUUCUGUCGCGGCCAAAAAGUCGUGGAUUAGGCGGUUGCUCGAGUUGGAUAGUUAG